AAAAUUCUCUUUUGUGUCGUUUCAACUUCCUUCACAGGCUUGUGCUCUUUCUUUUUACACCAAUAUGGCUGAUCAGAACGAGAGGGCUUUCCAAAAACAAUUUGGAAUCAACCUAAACAGAAAACUGAAACCUGGCGUGACUAAGAAGAAGGUUCUUCGCCGCCACCGCGAUAUUGGCUUAGGUUUCAAAACUCCACGUGAAGCUAUUGAUGGUACCUACAUUGACAAAAAAUGCCCUUUCACCGGCAACGUGAGAAUUCGUGGCCGUAUCUUAACUGGUGCCGUACGCAAAUGCAAAAUGCAACGUACCAUUGUCAUCCGUCGUGACUAUUUGCAUUUUGUCCGCAAAUACAGUCGUUUUGAGAAACGUCAUCGCAACAUGAGUGUACACUGUUCACCAUGCUUCAGAGACGUCGAAAUUGGCGAUAUUGUCACAAUUGGUGAAUGCCGCCCGCUAUCUAAAACAGUGCGCUUCAAUGUGCUUAAAGUUAGCAAAGGCCAAGGCGCAAAGAAGAGUUUCAAAAAAUUCUAAAUGAAAUUCAUUUAUUAUCUUUAAAUAUAAUAAAAAAUUUUAAUAUAAUAA